AUGGCACGAGUCCAGCGAGCCAAUCUCACUGAGAAACACAUUCCAAUCUAUAUGGGCGCCACAGAAUCACUCAUUCGUCGGCCAUUCGUGAUGAACCCGUUCUUCGGAAUCGAUGGUAUUGGUGAUCGUCCAGAUCUCUUUCCGGAGGCCUCUCCUAAAGAUUUCACCAUCCAUGAAGAUGAGUCGGCUGCACUGGCGCUGAUUCGUCUGACGAAGGAGCACGAUGACGUCACUUUGGUCUGCAUAGGACCGCUAACGAACGUCGCGCUGGCUUACAAACUGGACAGAAAGUUCGCCAAACGACUGAAAAAAUUGGUUAUCCUUGGAGGGAACUACUUUGGUGUGGGCAACAUGAGCGAGUACUCGUCGGCAGAGUUCAAUUUCGGCGCUGAUCCAGAAGCGGCAAAGAUUGUUGUAGAAGAGAUGAGCACUCAGAUCACGAUUAUACCGUGGGAAAUCGCAUAUUUGAAUGGUGCUCAGCAUGAACAGCUGAUUGACUUUGAGGCUCAUCUGAAGAUAAAGACUCCUUUAGCGUCAUUCCUCGCCUUGGCAACCCAUAACGGACGUGGCAUUAUGGCGGAGAGUGGUCGGCAGUACAGCUAUUGCGACGAAAUCGCUGUCGCUGUGGCCAUUGACGAGAAAGCGAUCGCGAAGAAAACAAUGGAUUUGCGAAUUGGUGUAGAAGUGUCUGGACAAAUGACAAGAGGCCAAGUGGUCGUCGACUGGUGUGGUGUACUAUACGGACACGAUGGCACUUUGACCGAUGCUACCACAGCUCACUCGGUGGACCGAUCACGACCUACCGUUCACGUUAUAGCUGACUAUGAUGCGAAAAAGCUCGAAGAAUGGAUGCACAACACCGUACUCAGCAAAAAGGAGCCUUGGUGA